UUAGGGUAUGGGUUAAGGUUAGGGUUGGGGUUUAGGGUAGUGAUCGCACUGCCAGUCAAUCAAGUAGGCCAGAGCGCGCAGCGAGCCGAUUAUGACGUGUCCUGGGCUCCUUCUACGCAACAAUGUAAAUAACGGUGUAAUUGCCGUUUUCAACACAGUGGCUCAUUUGCAAAAGUUUCACUUGCUCUUGCAACAUCUGAUUUUACAGACUGCGACAAUUACUGUAGCCUAUGAUUGCAAGACUCCGUCAUGCAUAGGAGAAGCGCGAGGCUAGUAACCGGAGGGUACUAUAACCAGUCCUCCGAUGAUGAGUCUUCCUCCUGCAUCUCCUACAGGGAGAGCCCCGUCAGGGUUUUCAAUAAGAAGAGAACUGGGGGACAUAAGGAUUCUUCCCGAUCCAGUCAGGCCAGCAGCACUGUCAGUGCCACCAACUUCACCAAUGAGCGAAACAUCAAUGCUGAUGACAUUGAUUUGGCUCCGACAUUGAGGGUCACCCAGAGAAGGCAGACCUUCCUGUCUCCUUCUAGUGUGGCCCCCAGUGUGGCCCUGGAGCCCAGCCUGAGCUUCUCAAGCAUGAGCUACAGCUCUGGCUACUGCUCUGAAGAGCCACAAAGGCCUAGGACAUGCUCCAGCAGGAGCUUCUCUAGUGGAAUUGGCACAAGGACCGAUGCUAUUUUCACCCGUUCAUGGUUGCCUUCCUGGUUGCCUUCCUGGUUUGCCAUCCUGCUCUUCCUCCUCCCCUUUCUUCUGACCUUCGCAGUAUUCCUGUUUUCGACUGCAUUCCCCACCAUGAACCUUAAUCCGAUGACCCGACCGACUCAACCUGACCCUCGACCUGAUCUGACUCAAAAGACUACGGGAGAGAUUGAAAUGAUGAAACAGAAAGAAAACCAGCAACAGGACAUUUCCGAGAUGUUACAAAGAAUGACUAAGGACCUGAAGGGUGUGAAGACCGAGAUUGACGACAUGAGAGUGAGGGUGGACAGUGUGGACUUUGAGAGUGUGAGCUUUGAUCGUCACCUGGAUCAGGAAGCUACAGAGUUCAGCAAGCAGGUGGCUGAUCUACAAGAACACCUACUCUUUACUAGAGGAAGAGUUAGGGCCCUGGAGGACGUCAGCGACACGCUGCAGCAUCAGGUGACCUCUAUAAAGAACCAGCCUCCUCCCACUCUGACACCAACCAACACAUACCUGACCCCUGAGUUCAUAGAGGCCAUGGGCAAAUGGCUCAGAGAUAGAUUGGCCCAGGAUGAGAGACAGGAUGUGAAACAGGUGGUGAAAGACUGCAGUCGUCCACUGGCUGACAAAAUGCCCAACUUUGCACUCGAGUCCCAAGGUGCCAGCAUUGUAACCAGUCGUUGCUCUGAGACAUAUAAGACCAGUUCGGCCCGAGUGAGUUUCCUGGGGAUUCCCCUGUGGUCUCCAUCAGAGAGCCCCCGGACUGUAAUUCAGGGCCAGCUGGUGCAGCCUGGUAAGUGUUGGCCUUUCCGCGGGGCCCAGGGCUCCAUGACUGUGGCUCUGUCUCACCCUGUCCACGUCACCCACGUUACCAUGGAGCACAUCUCCACCGCCGUCUCUCCCACCGGACACAUAGACAGCGCUCCUAAGGACUUUGCCGUCUACGGCAUAACUACUGACAGUGAAGAGGGAACCCUGCUCGGGACUUUCAUGUUUAACCAAGCUGGGGAUCCUAUCCAGACAUUUAAACUGCCUAACCCUAACCGUGUCUAUCGUUAUGUGGAGCUCCGUAUCAUCAGCAACUGGGGUCACCAGGACUACACAUGUGUGUAUCGCUUCCGGGUUCACGGCAAGAUGCCUUCUGUGUGAGACAGAUCCGCUGUCCACCCCAACCCCAGUGUGUGUGUCAUCCAACCCAAUAAUAUCUUAUUUUCCAUACUGGAGCGUAUAUUUUGCCUCUAGCAAAUAUGUAAAUCUAAAUAAAAAUCUCUUUUUGGUC